GACAUGCGUCCGUUAUUCAAAAUUUCUUCCUGAAGUUUCCAAUUUGUGUGUUUAUACAGUAAACGGAAAGUUAUUUUUUAUUUACUGCUUUAUUAACGUGGUAAAAACUCUCCAAAAUGAAGAUUGAAGAAGUCAAAUCUACAACGAAAACGCAGCGAAUCGCGGCACACUCUCACGUUAAAGGGUUAGGUUUAGAUGACGAAGGAAAAGCAACACAUUCUGCUUCGGGUAUGGUGGGGCAAGAAGAGGCGCGCGAGGCAUGUGGGGUUGUGGUUGAUUUGAUCCGAAGCAAGAAGAUGGCAGGACGUGGUGUGUUGUUGGCUGGACCUCCUGGGACGGGAAAAACUGCCCUUGCAUUAGCCAUUGCCCAUGAGCUUGGUAACAAGGUUCCAUUUUGCCCAAUGGUUGGCAGCGAAGUCUAUUCAACCGAGAUUAAAAAGACCGAGGUCUUGAUGGAGAACUUCCGUCGUGCGAUUGGAUUGCGGAUAAAGGAAACCAAGGAAGUUUACGAGGGAGAGGUCACAGAGGUCACGCCUCACGAGACCGAGAACCCAAUGGGAGGUUAUGGAAAGACAGUCAGCCAUGUUGUGCUGGGAUUAAAAACAGCCAAAGGAACAAAACAACUCAAACUUGAUCCUUCAAUUUAUGAAAAUCUACAAAAGGAGAAAGUCGAAUGUGGCGAUGUUAUUUAUAUUGAAGCUAACAGUGGAGCUGUGAAGAGGAUGGGACGAUCCGAUACUUACGCCACUGAGUACGAUCUUGAAGCUGAAGAAUAUGUCCCCAUCCCUAAAGGAGAUGUUCAUAAACGACGAGAAGUAAUUCAAGAUGUCACUCUUCAUGAUCUGGAUGUUGCGAACGCUCGGCCGCAAGGAGGACAGGAUGUUGUGUCUAUCAUGGGACAACUCAUGAAACCUAAGAAAACUGAAAUUACAGAUAAACUGAGGACGGAGAUCAACAAAGUAGUGAACAAAUACAUUGACCAAGGAGUAGCAGAGCUUGUACCUGGUGUGUUGUUCGUAGAUGAGAUUCAUAUGUUGGAUAUUGAGUGUUUCACGUACCUUCAUAGAGCAUUGGAGUCUGCCAUCAGUCCCAUUGUAAUAUUCGCAACAAAUAGAGGACACUGUACAAUAAAAGGCACGGAGGACAUCGUUGCUCCUCACGGGAUUCCUCUUGAUCUGUUGGACCGCAUCCUUAUCAUAAAGACAAUGAUGUACUCCAAUGAAGAAAUGAUCAAGAUCUUGAACAUCCGUGCGAAGAUCGAGGGAAUCCAGGUAUCGGAUGUUGCCAUGACAGUGUUUGGGGAGAUUGGGAGCAGAACGUCGUUAAGAUAUGUUGUUCAACUACUGACACCUGCAAGCAUCUUGGCCCGUAUCAAUGGUCGUGAAGCAAUUGCCAAAGAAGACAUCGACGAAAUAAAUGAGUUGUUCUACGAUGCAAAAUCGUCGGCUAAAAUAUUAUCCGAACAAGGAGAUAAAUUUAUGAAGUGAUGAUAGAUAUGUAGUGUGUGUUGAAUGCUGUUGAUUUUUAUAAUAAAACUCAAUCUUCUGUA